GGCCUAAAUCAGCUGUUAUUGAGUGCCCACAAACACAGUCGCGUCCCCAAUCUUCCGCAGCCGAAAUCCGUGGGCGUUGCAGCAGCCCCGCCAACGCAUCGCCGAGCAAAGGAUUCCAAGGAGUUCCAAGAGAACCGCCAACCGGAAGGGAAGCCACUGAACACCACUUUCGUUGACAAAGAAAACCAAAACAAGGGAUCAUGUUCCCCCACCUAAAGGGCCACGGGCAGCGGGUCAACCUGCAACUGCUGCAGGAGGCCGCCUGCCGCGAACUGGUGCAGCAUCUGGAGCGCAUCGAGGGCUCCAAGGUUAUCGUACUGGACGAGGCCAUGAUCGGGCCUCUGGACUUGGUCACCCGGCCGAAGCUCUUCGCCGACCGGGGCAUCCGGUUGCUGGCCCUCAAGCCGGAGCUCCAUCUGCCCCGCGAGGUGGCCAAUGUGGUGUACGUGGUGCGCCCUCGGGUGGCGCUGAUGGAGCAGCUGGCGGGCCACGUAAAGGCCGGAGGUCGCGCGGCAGCUGGACGACAGUACCACAUCCUGUUCGCCCCGCGACGCUCCUGCCUGUGCGUCAGCCAACUGGAGGUCAGCGGCGUACUGGGCAACUUCGGGCACAUCGCCGAAUUGGCAUGGAACUAUCUGCCGCUGGACGCCGACCUGGUGUCCAUGGAGCUGCCCAACGCAUUCCGCGACGUGAGCGUCGAUGGCGACACCAGCUCGCUGUACCAGGCGGCAGUGGGUCUGGUGCAGCUGCAGCGGCUAUACGGGCGCAUUCCCAAGAUCUACGGCAAGGGCGAGUUUGCGCAUAGGGUCUGGGAGCACGCAAAGCAGCUGGGCCGCGACGAGCGCACUCUGUACAACGGCGACAAGGGCGUCGUCGACCAGUUAAUCCUUCUAGACAGAAGCAUCGACCUGCUCAGUCCGCUGGCCACGCAACUCACAUACGAGGGGCUCAUCGACGAGUUCUACGGCAUCCGGCAGAACAAACUGACGCUACCCGCCGAGAACUUUCCCUCCGACGGAGCCAUCGGCGGUGGCGGAGGCAGUGGCUCGCGGGCAGAGGAAUCACAGUCCCUACUGGGCGACACCGAAAAGAAGACCAUCCUCCUGCACUCCGGAGAGCAGCUGUAUGCGGAGCUGCGCAACAAGCACUUCAACGAGGUCACAAAGCUUCUCGCCCGAAAGGCACGCGAGAUCCACGUCCAGAUGCACGCCACCUCGCAGGACAAGAGCGUGCAGGAGAUCAAGAGCUUCGUGGAGAACUUGCUGCCGCAGCUGAUGGCCCAGAAGAAGGCCACCUCGGAGCACACGGCCAUCGCUGGGCUACUACACGAACUGGUGAACGAGGUGCGGUUCGCCGACGACCUGGCUGCCGAGCAGGAGUUUAUGGUUUGCGCGGACAUCGACAAGCCGAGCGCUUACAUCGAGGACCUGAUCGCCUGCAAGGUGGAGCUGCGCCGCGUCCUGCGGCUCAUCUGCCUCCAGUGCAACGCCGCCUCUGGGUUCAAAGAGAAGUUGCUCAACCACUACAAACGCGAACUGGUCCACGUAUACGGCCUCGAGGUGCUGCUUACCAUCAGCAAUCUGGAGAAGUCGGGCCUCCUCCACCUGCAGACGGAGUCGCGGGCUUACAGCGUGUUGCGAAAGACUCUUCACCUCACCGUGGAUGACAAUGUCGAGGUGGAGCCAAAGGACAUCAGCUACGUGCACAGUUUCUACGCCCCGCUGACCGCCCGAGUUGUGGAGUACUCCCUCAAGCCGCUCGGCUGGCUGUCGCUCAAGAGCCAGAUCAACAACCUGCCCGGUCCGACGUUCGAGGACUUCCAGGCGCAGCUGGUGGGGAUCGGCGGACGGCAAACGGUCGGUACGGUCAGCGAAGGAUCGCUGCUGAAUGUGCCGCGUGUGGUGCUGGUCUGCUUUGUGGGCGGUUGCACCUUCGCCGAGAUUGCCGCACUGCGGUUCCUGGCAGCCCAAGAGGACAACAACGUGGAGUUCCUGAUUGCCACCACAAAGGUGGUCAACAAACACUCCUUCCUAGACAGCCUGAUGAGCUCGUGAGGGCGGCGGCUGAGCCGAUUGGAGGCCCAUCGCCUGUCCAACGACCACGGCCUGGCACGCGGAUGAAACGCGUCGGAACCGCUGAAGCCGAGACCAAAGCGAAAGGACAAGCGGCGCAGCGCGGCGAUAAGGAAUGCGGACUAGUGCAUUCAGCAUCUGCUGGGGGCGUUGUAAAUGGCUUGGUUAUUAAGGAUACGCCAGCACAUUGAAAGCAUAUAUUUUUCGAUCGCGGCAUUUACUCUUGUAUUCUAUGUAUCGUAUAUGAAACAUGUACAUGUAUAUAUAUAUAUACAUGCCUAUAUUUAUAUAUACCCAAAAAUGUAUAUUUAUGAUUAUAGUCUUAAGUGAAAAAGAUUCCAAAUUAAAUUCAUUAAAAAUUGUGCAAGAAAGGAUUAUAGUUGUAAGUGAAAAUAAUUCCAAAUUUAAUUCAUUCAGGCUUGUGCAAGAAGAAUAAUAUCACAAUAAAGUAAUUAGUAAAUGUUAUAUUAUAUUCUCUAGCCAGUUGUAAAAGUUACAAAGUAUAUAAUCGAUAUAUAAACCGGUACACCCCGACCUCCCAACUUUCUAGCCAAGCGCUACAGGCACCAUAUCUAUUCGAUGCAUUCUAAUUGUAAUAAAAAGAAACACCAUUGAAUAUUA